UGAGAAUAGACAGUGUACUUGUCCUUGAGACAUGACUGCCCGAGGAUUCCUCAUCUAUAUUCCCGGGACAGUCAAAUAUUUUAGCACGUCUGUUGGACAAGAUGCUGGGUAUUUUUUUCAGAGCCGCGCUGCGGCCUGGUAUGGUGAAGCCUUGUCGCCUGGUCAGACCAGUAACACAGAUCCCAGAGAGGUCCCUCGUGCACCAGGAGGGUCUACCUAAGCUUCCUGUGCCGCCUUUGAAGCAGACAUGUGAGCGAUACCUGGCUGCUCUAGAGCCCAUCGUGAGCGAGGAGGAGCUGGAACACACCAGGAACCUGGUGGAGGAGUUCCUCAAGGGGGGUGUCGGGGAAAGGCUGCAGAAAGGCCUGGAGCGACGGGCACGCAAGACGGACAACUGGCUGUCAGAAUGGUGGAUGCAGUCAGCCUAUCUAGACUGCCGUAUGCCAGUGGCGGUCUACACCAGCCCAGGGGUUGUCCUGCCUCGCAUGCACUUCCAUGAUCGACAAGGACAAAUGAGGUUUGCUGCCAAACUGAUUGCAGGAGUUUUGGACUUUAAAAAAAUGAUUGACACCAAGACCCUGCCUGUAGAGUACCUGAGUGGGAAGCCGCUGUGUAUGGACCAGUAUUACCAGAUCCUUUCCUCCUGUCGUAUCCCUGGUCCAAAGAGAGACACUGUUGUAAAUCACACCAUCGGAAAAAAAUCUCCCACUCAUAUCACUGUGGUCCACAACUUCCAGUUCUUUGUCUUGGACGUGUACAACAGCGAUGGCACCCCGCUGACAGUAGACCAAAUUUACAUGCAGUUGGAGAAGAUCUGGAACUCCUCUUUGCAGACUAACAAAGAGCCUAUUGGCAUCCUUACAUCACAGCACCGCAACACCUGGGGAAAAGCCUAUAACAGCCUGAUUAAGGAUAAGACAAAUAAGGAGUCAGUCCGUGCCAUCCAGAAAAGUAUUUUCACAGUUUGUUUGGAUGCCCCGAUGCCACGGGUGUCAGAUAAUCUGUAUCCGAGCCGCGUGGCGGCCCAGAUGCUGCAUGGAGGAGGAGCUCGCUGGAACAGCGGCAACCGCUGGUUUGACAAGACAUUACAGUUCAUUGUUGGUGAAGACGGUACAUGUGGACUGGUCUAUGAGCAUGCUCCUGCUGAGGGUCCCCCCAUUGUGUUUCUCAUCGAUUACGUCGUUAAAUACAUACAGAGAACUGAAAUGGUUCGCUCUCCCAUGGUUCCCCUGACCAUGCCUCGGAAACUGCGUUUCAACAUUACACCUGAAGUCAAGAGAGACAUUGAGAAAGCCAAACAAAAUAUGAACAUAAUGGUGCAUGAUUUAGAUGUAAAGGUGCUUAUGUUCUCUCAUUUUGGAAAAAAUGUGCCAAAGCAACAUAAGCUGAGUCCUGAUGCGUUUGUACAAAUGGCUCUUCAACUUGCCUACUUCAGGAUGUAUAGUAUUUGCUGCUCUACCUAUGAGAGUGCAUCCUUACGAAUGUUCAAAUAUGGGCGAACUGAUGCAAUCCGUGCAACUACUGUAGACUCGUUUAACUUCGUCCAGGCAAUGCAAGACCCAAGUAAACAGAACACAGAGAGGCUGGCGCUGCUGCAGAAGAGCAUUCAGACACAUAAGGAGAACACGUACAAUGCAAUUCAUGGACAAGCCAUAGACAGGCACCUCCUCGGGCUGAAAAUGCUGAGUAUUGAAGACCUGACUUCCAUGCCUGAGAUCUUCAUGGAUACUUCUUAUGCUGUGGCUCACCAUUAUAAUCUCUCCACCAGCCAGGUUGGCUCCAAGACAGACUGCGUGAUGUGCUUUGGUCCGAUGGUGCCAGAUGGCUAUGGAGUGUGUUACAAUCCCAUGGAUGAGCACAUCAACAUCGCAAUCACAGCCUUCAACAGCUGUGAGGAGACGAACGCUGCCAAGUUUUCCCAGGCUGUAGAGGAUGCUCUGUUGGACAUGAGAGCUCUCCUGGAAGACACAGCUACUGCCAAGCAGUGAUCCUGCACAGGAGCCUGGCAUGGUGUCUCACCGGGCUGUAUGGGAGCUGGUAAUGAACCAGUGCCGGAGUUGCUGGCAGAAAGCCACAGUGACGUAGACGCACAAUGAACUGAGUGUGCUUGAACUAAGAGGAAACCUGUUAUCAAAGGGUUUUACUAAGUAGAAUGUGUGACUGUCUGCCUUUGUGAUGAGAAGCAAUUCUCUAUAAUGGAAAUUCUAUAUUUUAAUAUAUUGUGUUAUAUCUAUAUAAACUUUAAAUUAACAUAAUUUGCUGAUUGUAACAGUAUAAAUAUUUAUUUUUAUUUGUACUUAGUUCCUGCUGCAGUCUUCAGAAUGAUACUGUCGUGGUUUGACUUAAAGAUUUUGAGUGCUUUGGCGCGUAUAGUAUUUAUUUCAGGUCAAAAUAAUUGGCACAUAGGAAUGAACACAAAAGAAAGGAUCUUGCUGAAGUCUGCUUAAGCCUUUCUAUUCAACAAACAUAAUUGUUUUAAACUAAAGAAAUGUUAAACAUACAUUUCAAACCACAAAGUAAUAUUCAGCUCUGAAGCUCCCUUUGGAAUGCAGGUAGUCUCCAUGAAAUUCAAUCUCAGCCAUAUUUCCAGAGGAGUGCCACAGAAACAGCUGUCGGCCUUUAAACACAUUGGUCUUUAAGACAUCCAUGUCCCGGAUCUGGACGAGAAACACAAGACCAAGUAGUGCAGUAGUUAUUACACUCAAGCUUUUGUUUCCCUAUUAAGUAUGCAGUAUAUUGAAACAACAACCCGUGUUAAAAAAGCAUGUCCGCACCAUAAUGUAUGUAGACUGGGAGUUUGUGGAGUUGAAUGCUAAUCCUAUGUAUAGCGCUUGGAUUUUGAUCUUCACCGAGGGAGGGGCAUUGAUGAGGACUCGACAGGUGUGGUUAGUGUUGGACGUUGUUGGAUUCUCAAAGACACCACUUGGGGAAAACAGCUGAAUGUCACAAUCUGUGGGGCAAAGACAUGCUACAUUUAACCUUUGGUAAAUGCAUGGGAUGAGGAACAUAUGCACAGUCUACAAAAUAGGUAAUAUUUCUUGAGACUUUGUCAGGCGCAGAUUCAACCUCCAAAUUCAUAGGGGAGGUGAAGGGGGAAAAAUAAAAGCACAGUACAAUACAAUGCAACACAACAAUAUAAACUAUUACAGCUGAAUCAAUGCCACACUGACAAUCCCUACAAGGAAAGAACAUUUUAAGAUUUUCAGCUUCACUCUAUUUAUUGCAGGGCUUUUGUAUUGGAUUGCAUUAGGCUGUGCAAGUGUUUACGACAUCUCUCUAGAUUUGAACCUUUAUGUUGCAAUAGUCUCAAACAUUGGACUCAUAUUCACUUGUUGUUGCAUUCAUUCCAAAAAGCAAGUGAAGCCUCCUCUUACAUUAAUCGUCAUCCAGUCUUCUAAAAUGUAGGAUAUGUCUGCCUUUUGGAUUGCAAAAAACAAUCACUUACCCUGAUGGUGGCUCUUCUUCAUGUUUUUCUGUGACUUGUAGGUGAACAAAACCCCGUUCCCAGGGAUGAGCAGAUUUUGACGCACCAGCAGGACGUUGGUUCUGGUGGUCAGUUCACUACCUGCCACCUGCUCGCACUUCCUCACAAAUGCCAGUCGGUCAAAAAAUGCUAUAUACUCCCCUGUAGAAACACAUGAGGCAGGCAUUUAUUAAGGUGAAUUAGGCAUGAUGUAGGAAGAUCACCCUUUAUAUAUUUGAUAAAACAUACUUUUUCUGCAGUUCAAAGAGCCAGAUUCUACUUUAACAUGAAUGACCUCAUCUAGGGGUCGACCUAUGGAUACGGUGCAACGGCUGGUUAUGUCUUUCAAGUCCACCAUGCCUGAUUCUUCCAGGAGUAGCCGUCCACAUGGACCUGUAAAAACAUAAUGGUAAUCCCACAGAUCUUUCUGAGAAUGGGUAAGAAGUUGAAAUUGAUGUGUACUAACUGGGCGUAGGGGUAGGGGUGGUUGUCGUAGUGGUCUGUGGGAUGGUGAUUGCCUCUGUUGGACUUGGAGGCAGAUGGCCCGUCUGGGUUGGUGUUGUAUCUUUGUGGCUCAGGGUGGGAGAAAGGAGAAGUCCCUCCUCUGUGAGGUUAGCUUUAAUUUCAGUAUGCACUGCAGUGGUGACAUCUAAGGUGGCCAGCAUGUCUCUGCAGCUGCCCAUGUUGCAGCCCUGGAUGGUGAUGGGCUUGGGCAUGUGCAUACAAAGCAGAGGGCUGAGGGGCUCUGGCUUAGAGGGACCCAUGCAGGACACAGCUCUAGACUGGAUCCCGUAUCCACAGGGUACGGAACACUGUAGAGCAAGACAGCAAAGGGGUGAAUUUCUGCAGUAAUUACAUUAAUAUUGUAAAUGGCCAGGGUUGGUAGAAAUUGUCUUGGUACAGGAUGGUGGUCAAGCUCAGCUCAGUGUUAGGAACAUGAUUCAUAAAUAAACGCCAGUAAAAGAUAUCACACAAUAAAUAAGAUUCACAUACAAUCAUUCACAACAACAUAACGCAUAAAUGUAGUUCAGAGUCCUUGGAAAGGAACAUACCACUGUGUUUGAGAGUAAAGCUCUUUAAUAAGAA